AUCAAUUAUGUAACCAAAUCCUCUUAUGUACGAAUAAAUUGGUAUGAUCACCUGACUAUUUCGCCGUGGAAAAUUUUAUAAUUACUGUAGUGGGUGUGAUAAGUGGAACAUGUAAUGGUCUCGUUGUUGAACAGGAUACGGCGUGCCGGAUUAGUCACCGAAAGUUAUCAAAGCGGGUGCAUAAUUUCGGUUUCUUAUCUUACCCAAAAACGCACAAAAAAAGGCGCGAGGGGACAACACCGAUCGGGUGAAGAAAUUUUUGAGAAAUUGGAGCAAAACCAUCGUUGUACAAUAGCAUAAACGAGCAAGGGGAUGGUUUACUUGUUGGCGGAUUGGGGUAUGGGAGAACAUGAAACACGAAGUAGACAUUAUGCAGAGCAAUCUCAAGAUUUGCUUUGUCUUGAACAGCGGGACGAAUUUGAUGAAGUUGAUCUUCACCCCCUUAGUAAUCAGGUCGGAGGACAUACAAGACUUAUGGUAUUGAAUCCCAGUACAAUUUGCAAACCGCUGAACUAUAGAGAAUUAGAAUUCUACCGAAAUAUUCAAGACAAAGACAUCAGACAUUUUGUACCAAAAUAUAAAGGAGUUAUGCAAGCAACCUUAUGUGGUGGUGCAAAAAUGGAGAAACGAUACAGUCCUAGUUUUCGAGACGAUUCAACUAGAUCUAAGAGUGGCUCCAAACGCAAACGAGAGGAUGUUGUAAAGAUCAGAGUGCAUCACAAUGGUAACCCGACAGACGUAAUGAAAAGUAUCUCUCAAUCUGACAAUACGAAUAAGCAAUAUUUUUUAAUGCUAGAAAACAUCACUUCACACUACAUUCAGCCGUGCAUAUUAGACUUGAAAAUGGGUACGAGGCAACAUGGAGACGACGCGUCUGCUGAAAAAAGGUACAAACAAAUCGCCAAGUGUCAGGCGAGCACAUCUGCUUCCCUAGGAGUCAGACUGUGCGGCAUGCAAGUUUAUCAAGGAGAUACAAAUCGGUAUUACAAAAAGGACAAAUAUUGGGGAAGGGAACUAAAUGAAGAUGGUUUUAAAAAUGCCCUGUAUAAGUUUUUCCAUAACGGUUACGGGCUUAGAGUUAAUGUGAUUAGAAAAGUAAUUACGAAAUUAGAACAAUUACGGCAGAUAAUCGAGCAACAAAGUAGCUAUCGAUAUUACUCGUGUUCGCUUUUAAUUGUUUACGAAGGAAAUGUAGCCAUUCCUAGUACAACCACAGAAAGUUCUAGCAACCUAGUUCCUCAUUUUUGUGAUUUUACCCAAGAAUCCGAAGACAAUAGUCAGGAAGUGCCCUGCUGUUACGACGCAGAUACGAGUAAUUGUUCAAUGGAUUGCGGCCACGACGAAGUAAGCCAAGACAUGCACCAUCGCGGUUUCGGCGAAGCGGCUGCGCGUGGAGCGCAAUCUAGCGAUUUUUAUCCUAUAUCUGAGGAGACAAUGUUCUUAGAUACACCGCCCAGUAUUCCCCGUAUUACAACAUCAAGUCCGGUAGAUAGCUGGAUGAUGUACUCGAAUAGUAGUAGUGACGAAUAUUCCCUCUGUGGCCAACUCCAUGGAGGAAGUUCGAAUGAAGAUACUUCGGAUUUCGAACCGACAUCUCCAAAAAAGAAUAAACCUAAGCAUAGUAGUUGUAAGCUUCUGCAGUAUGCAGAUUUAGAGUUAGAAGACGAAGAUGACGAGGAAAUAGCACCUUCCGUUUCACAUAAAAAUGUUCCGAAGCGACUGAGGGUGAAAGACACCUUAACUGUAGCUUCAAGCUCAAGAUCUCGAUCUCCUAGUAUAACGCCAGUCGAUGUUCGUAUGAUUGAUUUCGCAAACACUACUUUUGCCGAAAAAUCUUCUGCCUCAUCAUCAUCCUCUACAGUUCACUAUGGACCUGAUGGAGGUUUCUUGACCGGAUUGGAUAGUUUGAAAAGAUUACUUCUACAAAUCGUAUCGGAAGGUUAAUACGAUCACCCGACCUCCAAGGUGGUGCUUCCCCGCAUGCCGCGGUGAUUGCUAUUGAAAAGAACCAAUUGAAUUUACAUUUAAGUACCACAGAUUCCAGCCUUAGGUUUACAAAUUUGUGAUUUUAUUUCAAUAAAGCCGAUGUCUAGAUGA